CUAACCAUAGAGAAGAUAGGUCAGCUGACUUUACUUUUAUCAUUGGUCUUGUGAUAAGUUGUGGUUCUCCGCCAUUCUCGGCCCGACUUUUCCAUCUUUAUCGUCUUAUAAGAAUAUAAAUUCAAAAUGGCGGCGCGGGCCAAUCUGAGGAUGAUUGCCACUGAAGAGAAUGAGGACCAGUUCGGUUACGUGUUCGCCGUCUCCGGGCCCGUCGUAACGGCGGAGAAGAUGUCCGGGGCGGCUAUGUACGAGUUGGUGCGUGUCGGCUACAACGAGCUGGUGGGAGAGAUCAUCCGUCUGGAGGGAGACAUGGCCACCAUUCAGGUGUACGAGGAAACGUCGGGUGUGACCGUGGGCGACCCCGUGCUGCGAACCGGCAAGCCUCUGUCCGUCGAGCUCGGCCCCGGCAUCCUCGGCUCCAUCUUCGACGGCAUCCAGCGCCCGCUCAAGGACAUCAACGAGAUGACGCAGUCCAUCUACAUCCCCCGCGGUGUCAACGUGCCCUGUCUGUCGCGCGACAUGAGCUGGGAGUUCAACCCCCUCAAUGUCAAGGUCGGGUCGCACAUCACCGGCGGAGACCUGUACGGCAUCGUGCACGAGAACACGCUGGUGAAGCACCGCAUGAUCGUGCCGCCCAAGGCCAAGGGCACCGUCACCUACAUCGCGCCCUCCGGCAACUACAAAGUCACUGACAUCGUGCUGGAGACCGAAUUCGACGGCGAGAAGAACAAGUUCAGCAUGUUGCAAGUGUGGCCCGUGCGUCAGCCCCGCCCCAGCGCAGAGAAGCAGCCCGCCAACCACCCGCUGCUCACCGGCCAGCGUGUGCUCGACUCUCUGUUCCCGUGCGUCCAGGGCGGCACCACCGCCAUCCCCGGAGCCUUCGGCUGCGGCAAGACGGUCAUCUCGCAGGCGCUGUCCAAGUACUCCAACUCCGACGUCAUCGUCUACGUCGGCUGCGGAGAACGUGGUAACGAGAUGUCUGAGGUAUUGCGUGACUUCCCCGAGCUGACCGUUGAAAUCGAUGGUGUGACCGAGUCCAUUAUGAAGCGUACCGCGCUCGUGGCCAACACCUCCAACAUGCCUGUGGCUGCCCGUGAGGCAUCCAUCUAUACUGGUAUCACCCUGUCCGAGUACUUCCGCGACAUGGGCUACAACGUGUCCAUGAUGGCGGACUCCACCUCCCGUUGGGCGGAGGCGCUGCGCGAGAUCUCGGGGCGACUGGCGGAGAUGCCGGCGGACUCCGGCUACCCCGCCUACCUGGGCGCGCGUCUCGCCUCCUUCUACGAGCGUGCCGGCCGCGUCAAGUGCCUCGGCAACCCCGACCGCGAGGGUUCGGUGUCCAUCGUGGGCGCCGUAUCGCCGCCCGGCGGAGACUUCUCGGACCCCGUGACCGCCGCCACCCUCGGCAUCGUCCAGGUGUUCUGGGGUCUCGACAAAAAGCUCGCCCAGAGAAAGCACUUCCCCUCCAUCAACUGGCUCAUCUCUUACAGCAAGUACAUGCGCGCUCUCGAUGACUUCUAUGACAAGAACUACCCCGACUUCGUGCCCCUCAGGACCAAGGUCAAGGAGAUCCUUCAGGAAGAAGAAGAUCUGUCAGAAAUCGUGCAGCUGGUCGGCAAGGCGUCGCUGGCCGAGACCGACAAGAUCACGCUCGAGGUCGCCAAGCUGCUCAAGGACGACUUCCUGCAGCAGAACAGCUACUCAGCCUACGAUCGCUUCUGCCCGUUCUACAAGACAGUUGGCAUGCUGAAGAACAUGAUCGCGUUCUACGACAUGUCGCGACACGCCGUGGAGGCGACCGCGCAGUCCGACAACAAGGUCACGUGGAACACCAUCCGCGACGCCAUGGGCCCCAUCCUCUACCAGCUCUCCUCCAUGAAGUUCAAGGACCCCGUGAAAGAAGGCGAGGCUAAGAUCAAAGCGGACUUCGACCAGCUGCUCGAGGACAUGGCCGCCGCCUUCCGCAACCUCGAGGACUAGACGCGGCAGGGCGGCCGGACUCGGCACGGCCCUGUUCAUAUUCCAUCCGUGGCGUGACGUCGUCUGUCCUAUAUAACCCCAUUAGUGCUGCAGGUAGCUGUUAUAUGACAGUUUAACCUUUUGAACGCCUAGAACACAAGAAGCGUCGUAACUGGUGAACACAUUUAAGUGUUAUGGCGUACCCUGUUAAAGAAACCUUCACACUUGCGUGUGCUCACUCACUAUUUAUGACGUAAAGCGUUCAAAGAGUCGUCGGCCCGACACUUUUAUCUGCUUGUAGUGUUUAAUUUUAGCACUUGAAUAUACUGCACAAAAGUCUCCGGAUAGUAGACGCCACGCCACGGAUCGUAAUCCUAAUUGUCUAUGUAGAGAGUGCAUAGGUUGUUAAGUACAUGUAUUACUUAUUUAAAGCUGUUGGGCCGCGUCCAUUGUAAAUAUUGUUCCCACUCGGUGCGUCGCACCAUCGGUUGAUUAGUUUUUAUUAUUAAAUAAAAUAUACUAUUUAUAUACACUAACUAUGAAUUAUUUGCCCGAUGAUAUUUUGUGUGAAUUUUCGAAAUCAAUGUAUCAAUCAAUGAAAUCCUCUUGCAUUCCACGUUAUAUUUAGAGUUAAUCAAAAUCGUGUUAACGCUUCAGCUCGCCGGUCUACGGCAGUUUGUGUUCAGUAUUAAGUCGGUUCCAGUUGUACAAAUAUUAACGAUUUGCUCGUAUUGCUCGAGAUUCUUGCUGUUUCGGCUCUGUGACGUUAAGUGUUGAGAGGAGACGAGAGUUAUUAUAAAUAAUAAAUAUAUUAAAUAUUAA